CUCAUCAACCGCAGCUAAACUCCAAAAGAAGAAGAACUUCACGCAAGCGCACUUGCCACAGGAAUACACGGACCCGCGUUAACUAGCGAGCAACGAUGUGCUCGGUGAUUGACAGCCGGUCGUCGCCCCUGUCGCGGGUCCUGUUCCUGAGCGAGACGGGCAAGCCCAUGCGCUUCUUCAUGAGGCCCGGCGCCACCAAAACCCAGCUGCAGCCGAUCAUCAGCGCCGGUGGCGGCGUGGUCUGCAGGGUGCAGGAGCCGAACGCGAUCCUGCUGCUGGACCCGGAGGAAAUGAACGAGGGCUUCGGCGGCGCUGCGGCGCGGUACGUUUCCACGCAGUACGUCCUGGACUGUGUGGAGAAGAACCAGCAGCUGGAGGUGGACGACUAUAGAUUCAGCAACGACAGCGUGCAGAUCGCGCCCGCCAAACGCAAGCGGGAGGCGAGCGGGCGCAUGUGCUACUCCGCGGAGGAGGACGCCGCCAUCCUCGGCUACGUUCGAGGUCGCGUGCGCGAGGUGUGCGGCAACCGCCUUUGGCAGCAGAUGGAGCGGGAAGCCGUCACCACGCACAGCUGGCAGUCCAUGAAGGACCGGUACCGCAAGCACCUCUCCAAGCAGCCGCUAGAGGGCGACACAGAGCCAAAACAAACGGCAUCGACCAUCAAACUUUUUACUGUGCCCUUGCAACAGAAUGAUCCCGCUCAAUCGCCGCACCGGAUAGACAUGCUUACGCCCUCACCUGAGAAAGCACAACCGCCGCCCUCCUGAGAAAGCACAACCGCCACCCUCACCUUCGAAAGCAGAACUGCCACCCUCACCUGAGGGAAAAAAACACAAACCGUUCACCUGAGCAAACACGCCCACAACCCUCUGCUGAGCCAAUUGGCCCUCAGCCCUCACCGGAGAGAUCCCGCCCACAACGCUCACCCAGGAAAUUGAGAAAUUAAGAUUGUACAGAAUUCCUCAGGGACAUUAAUUUUACUGAGGGAUAAUUGACUCAGAUUAACCUUGACCCGGAGCUAUAGCACACAAUUUGUUUCUAAAAUCUGACGUUACCCCCUUGAAACCCUGUGUCCUCAAUCGAGGGCAUUACAUUUUGGCUUCCUGGAGCUCGACACAGUAUUUAUAUUAACAUAAGGCACAUUCAAUAAACAUAUAUGCAACAUG